AGCAUAGUUUUAAGUUUGGAAGCAAAGGAAUGUACGUUUAUACAGCUUUAAUUUUUGCCGCCAUUUUAGGCGCUGUUUACACGCUUGACAAAACAAAGAUAGUGGCCACUAAGCAAGGGAGAGUUGAGGGCAGUUUGGCGGUUAACGAACUAUACUAUGAGUAUUUGGGGAUCAGAUAUGGGAUACCAGUGAAAUUCCGGGCUCCAGAAGAACCCCCAACAUUCGACGAAAUUUAUAAAGCUGACAAUCGAGCAGUGCUGUGCCCCCAAUUUCCUUGCCAUGAUCCUCUUGCGGCGCCCAGCGACAACGAAGACUGUUUGGUCCUCAACAUCUACACUCCAAGCAGCACCGUCAACUUCACAUUACCUGUAAUCGUUUUCCUCCAUGGAGGAGAUUUCGGCGUUGGAUCUGGUUCACCAAGCUUUUAUGGACCUCAGUAUUUAGUCAGCCAUGGCGUAGUCUUGGUCACCGUCAACUAUAGACUAAACGCGUAUGGUUUCUUAAAUCUGGGUACAGUAGAUGCACCUGGUAAUGCCGGGUUGAAGGAUAUAAGAGCAGCUCUAAGGUGGAUUAAGGAGAACAUAAGAGGAUUUAAUGGGGAUCCUGAUAAUGUAACAGUUUUAGGACAAGGCAGCGGUGGUACAGCAGCAGUUUAUCUCACUCUAUCUGACUCCACGAAAGGUUUAUUCCACAGAAUCAUUUCGGAAAGCGGCGCGUUGUUUAGUCCCAAAUCCUUCGACCCCAACCCUUUGAAAACAGCCAGUCAAGUGGCGAAAUCUUUGGGCGUGAAAACUCUUGAUCCUGAUAAACUUUUGAAAAUCUACUCAGAAACUGCAAUAAACGUCGUAGAAGAAGCUAUAUCGAAGCAGAUGCACGCGAAAAACGUUUUUGCGCCAACAGUAGAAAACAUUUUCGAUGAAGAAGAAGCAUUCCUGACUGAUACGCCAUACAAUAUUCUAGCUAACAAGAAAUUCAAUCCUGUACCAGCUAUCUUUGGUCUAAAUACAGUGGAAGGUUUAACAAGCACUUUAGAUUACAAUACGAUAACAAGUCAGAUAGAUAGAUUAAAGCACGAGGAUUAUUCUGUUUUGGAUCAGAGAAGUUUUGCAGUUCCAAGUGAGGAUAUAGAAGAAUUUAGAACGACGCUGCAGGAAACUUACUUCUCAGAUACAAGUUCGGAAGAAACUAUAAUUGGAGGUAUUAUUAAUUUUAACACAGACUUUAAUUAUGUGGGCCCAAUGUCCUUACUCACUGAAAUGUACGCAAAUAAUUCUGGGUUGCCAUUGUUCGAAUUUAUAUUCAACUACACUGGUAGUAGAAACAUUGGUAGAAUGUUAACAAAUAGCAGUUUGUUGGUGACAACAAAUCAAGACGAAUUGUUCUACGUGUUCGAAUUGGAGAGGCUGCCGUUGCCUAUGGACGAGAAUGACGCCAGAAUGGUUACUUUCAUGACGAUGAUGUGGACUAAUUUUGCGAAAUAUGGUACUCCAACCCCUGAACGGGGUAAUGGCGAAUGGCUUCCGUGUCCACACCAUCUGGCCAUAAGUUUGGAACCUCAGUACGUCGCACCCUUAACACCAGACAGAGCGUACUUUUGGCGCUCUCUGUACCUCGAAUAUGGCGCUGAAAUUGAUUUUGGCGGGAAUGUUGACAUUUCAUCUUAGUCAAAUGUAAUUACUAAUUUAUUGUAACUUAUUUUAUUCGUAAGAUUAUUUUGACUUAUAUAUUUAUCUCCUAAUAUAUUAUUCUACACAUAUUGUUAAAAACUAACAUCAAAUACAUUUUAUUUAAAUAAAUACUUAGAAACGUU